AUUUAGAUUUAAAAAGCGAGACGGAUUCCGUUUCUAUGACAGUCCUGAGUGCGAAGCAUCGGAGGAACAUCUGUCCGUCUGUCUCCAACGCGCGUCUCCACUUUUUCCAAGGAUGCUACAGUUACCGCAGCUCCGCCAGAGCGUGAUCGCGCUUCUCAUAUGGUUCGCGCACUUGAUGGAACAGCAGAAAGUACAAGCUGGCAACUGCUGGCUUCAGCAGGGCAAGAACGGGAGAUGCCAAGUUCUGUACAUGUCUGGGAUGAGUAGGGAAGACUGUUGUAGAAGUGGUCGCCUUGGCACAGCAUGGACCGAGGAGGAUGUACCUAAUAAUACACUCUUCCGGUGGCUGAUCUUCAAUGGUGGUGCACCGAAUUGCAUACCUUGUAAAGAGACUUGUGAUAAUGUGGACUGUGGUCCUGGAAAGCGGUGCAAAAUGAACAAGCGGAAUAAGCCCCGCUGCGUGUGUGCCCCAGACUGCUCCAAUGUCACUUUUAAAGGGCCUGUGUGUGGCUCUGAUGGGAAAACGUACCGGAACAAGUGUGCCCUCCUUAGGGCCAAGUGCAAGAGACAUCCUGAGCUGACUGAACAGUACCAGGGAAAAUGCAAAAAGUUUUGCAAAGGUGUGCGUUGUCCUGGAACCUCGAGGUGUGUAAUGGACCAGACCAAAAAUGCCUACUGUGUGACCUGCAAAAGUUUUUGCCCUGAGGUGUCCUCACCGGAGCAGUACCUGUGUGGGAACGAUGGGAUUGUGUAUGCCAGUGCCUGCCAAAUCCGAAGGGCCACGUGCAUGAAGGGACGGUCCAUUGGAGUCGCCUACGAGGGGAAAUGCAUAGACGCCAGGUCUUGUGAAGACAUCAAAUGCCGGGAGGGUCGAAAGUGUCUCUGGGACAAGCAGACAGGACGGGGACGCUGUUCGACAUGCGAGGACACGUGUCCCGAGAGUCGUCCGGGUGACAGCGUCUGCGCCAGCGACAACGCCACCUACCCGAACGAGUGCGCUAUGAGGCAGGCUGCUUGCUCCUUGGGUCUCGUCCUGGAAGUCAAACACUCGGGCUCCUGCAACUCUCUCCCUGAAGAGACGGAUGAAGAGGAGGAUGAUGAAGAUUACAGGGAUUAUAGCCAUGAAUCUCUGUUACUGACUGGAUAAACCACCAUCAACAGCUGGUCUCCAUUUAAGCACAGAGUCAUGUUCAUAUUGUACAGACGUGUACGUAUUUAUUUUCCACAGACACGUGAAAGAUGCUUAUUGUUAUAGAUGUUUAUUUAUACUUUUUUUGUCUUCUUAUUUAUACAUUUAUAGUCUGAAUAAAUGGUCUCUCUCAUCUUUCCUUUGUCAUCUUUGGAAGAAUAUUAUUUAUUAUAACAUGUAAUGUUACUCUAUGUAAGAUACAUGCGUUUUGAAAAGUGUAUGUUACAUUUUCUGAAUAAAAAAAGGCUUAAACAGUUUUCGUCAUUUCCCCAAAUGAAAUCUGCAGCAAAACAUGCAUGUUUCUAUUUAUUUUCAAUCUAAUACUAUGGAUUGGUUUACAAUCAAAGCUGACAAAAACAGCUUUCUCAGUAAAAUCUAUGUCACCAAAAGUAGUGUUAUUUAACAGAAAUCAUGUUUGAAUCAAUGCAUUGUAUGUUCUAAAAUCAAAAUAUAAAUUUUUUGCUAAUAUUUUUCUGGUUUUACGUGGGCGCUCAGACAGAGAAAUCUAGUUUAUUAUAUAUUGUGUAAAAUUAACAGUAUCAACCUUAGCAUUGUUUUCUUGCAAUAUAUUGUCUUUUUUAUUUUAGAUAUCCAGCUAUAAAUGUCUAGUUUUGUAUUUGUAUGUAAA